AUGGACGAAUUAGUCAGGGCUAAACUACCAAAUCCAGGAUAUCUACCACGUAAUGCUAGGGGAUACGGCCAGGAAAGAGAAGAAGGCGCGUGGGGCCUGAAGCUGCUGGAGGCACGCAUCCCGUCGUACGUGGUCCGCAACCAGAGCGUGACGCACCAGUGCCUGUUCGACCUAGAGGGCGAGGCGCUCUACUCGGUCAAGUGGUACAAGGACGGCCGCGAGUUCUACCGAUACGUGCCCCGGGACGCGCCGCCAGCCCAGCUCUUCCCGCUCGCUGGAGUCACCGUAGACAUGGAGAGCUCCAACGCCAGCCAGGUGGUGUACAAGACGGUGGGACUGGGCAGCUCCGGCCGCUACCGCUGCGAGGUGUCCGGGGAGGCGCCCUCCUUCCAGACCGUCACGGACCACGGGGACAUGGUCGUCGUCGCUCUGCCGGAGGAUGGCCCAGUGAUCACGGGCGCGCGGGCCCGCUACCACGUGGGCGACACGGUGCACCUCAACUGCACUUCCGGCCGUUCCAGACCUCCCGCGGAGCUCACGUGGUUCGUUAACGGCGAACAGGCGAAUUCCAGCGUUCUGGUGGGUCCCGAGGUGGUGGGCCCGGCUGACGCGGAAGGCCUGGUGUCGGCACGGCUGGGACUGCACUUCCGGUCGCAGGCGGCGCACUUCCGGCACGGCGGCUCGAUGAAGCUCAAGUGCCUGGCGACGGUGGCCACCGUCUACUGGCGCAGCAACGAGGAGAGCGUGCGCGGAGACAAGCCCCAGAGGGCGCGCGUCAUGGAGAGCCGGGGGGCCGCGGCCGCCGCCCCAUGCUUCAUUAAUCCUCACUACAGGUGA